GCAACCUAUCUCAAUCUCUCUUUUUUUCUGCUCUUCUGCCAUGUGCUCUUGUCGAGGCGCCUAUUGUUCAGACCCACUGACUACUAGGGGCCUUCCUCGUGUCAGAUAUCAUCAUUCAUGGAAGCAUGACAGAAGGUGGGAUACCGAGGCAGAUGUUGGUGCUUGCAGUGGUCCGUAUCCUUUUGCUCAGUCCUCCCUUUCUGCUCGUUUCCUUCAAAUCCCGUUUCAUUCCUCGCCACCAGCUGUUGUGUCCUUUUAUUGCCCUUUCUCGUUGUGGUUGUAUUUCAUUCUCUCGGACUUCCACUGUCAAGGCGAAAGCAUCGUUACUGCUUAAGAGGUUUCUUCAGCUUUCCUCCAGUUUUCUUCUCCCGCCACACUCUCCUUGAGAGCAGCUGACACUAGCUGCUUGAUCCGAUACAUCUAAUCCAGUUGAUCUGCGAAAAAUCAAUAUGUCAACAACCCCUGCGCCAUCGUCCGGGAGACCUGACACCCAUCAGGAGCCUCACCCCCCAUCCCCCUCGGCCAACCAACUCGCCCAAGUCAAACAAGCCAUCGUCUCCCUCCUUGACCAACCGGGCUAUGACGACGGCAGCGCCGGCCCCGUCCUGGUGCGCCUCGCGUGGCACAGCGCGGGGACAUACUGCGCGCAGACCGACACGGGGGGCUCCAACGGCGCGGGCAUGCGCUACGAGAAGGAGGGCGGCGACCCGGCCAACGCGGGGCUGCAGCACGCGCGGGCCUUUCUGGAGCCCGUGAAGCGGCAGUUCCCCUGGAUCACGUACGCGGACCUGUGGACGCUGGCCGGCGCGGUGGCCAUCCGCGCGAUGGGCGGGCCCGAGAUCGCCUGGAUGGGCGGCCGCACCGACUUCGCCGACGACGCCCAGGUGCCGCCGCGCGGCCGCCUGCCGGACGGGGCCCAGGGCGCCGACCACCUGCGCGCCGUCUUCUACCGCAUGGGCUUCACCGACCGCGAGAUCGUCUGCCUCAGCGGCGCACACACCCUGGGCCGCUGCCACGCCGACCGCUCGGGCUUCGAGGGCAAAUGGGUCAACAACCCCACGCGCUUCAGCAACACGUACUUCAAGCUGCUGCGCAUGCACGACUGGAAGAGGAAGACCCUGCGGAACGGCCUGGUGCAGUACGUCUACGUGGAGGAGGAGGAGGAUCACGACGGCGAUGACCACGCCGCAGAGGAGGUGGAAGAGGAAGAAGAAGGGCUGAUGAUGCUCCCCUCGGACAUGGCCCUGCUCGAGGACACGCGCUUCCGCGUCUGGGUCGACCGCUACGCCGACGACAAGGACCUCUUCUUCGCCGACUUCGCCGCCGUCUUCGCCAAGCUGCUCGAGCUGGGCCUCCGCCGCGACCCCGUCUCCGGCGCCGUGCUCAACCGCGAGAACCGCCAGGCCGGCUACCGCAGCGCCCCGAAGAAGAGCGAUGCCCCCACUGCUGCUGCUGCAGCAGCAGCACCGGCACCGGCGCAGGUGUCAACUAGUAGGACCAAUGGGUCGGCGAGGACGUCCAAGCUGUAACAUCCCCCAUACGAGAAAAUCCGCAGUGUUUGCUGGGGAGUUUUGAGAGGCGUGGAAUUUCUCGUCCUUUUGUGCUUUUAGGACUCUGUUGUCGCGUACAAAAUGCUGUGGUUUUCCCGGCCGCGAUGGUUUUUUCCCCUCUCUCUGGCGUUUAGCCUCUUCUGCGAAUGCUUUCCCUUCAACAAGGCUGUUUUUUGUCUCUCGAGAGCGGUAAAUGCAGUGGUGUUUCGACGGGGAUGGGGCAUAGAUGCUAGACAGAUACCCGACAUAGAAUUAGAGCUAGAGCUAGAUCUAGACUUAUUACACCAUGCGAAGAUAGAUAUCAACGUCGACAGAAGGAUGGAACUUUCGGCAGGCGAGGUCAACCUCCUCCAUCCCCUGCAAUUACACGAUCCCACUCCCUCACA